ACAUAUUUUUGUGUGAUGUGGGAGCUCCAGCAGCUUACUGCCACCCAGCCAAUGAGCAGGUGUGAGACGGUGAUCCACUUCAGCUGGUGGAGAUUGUCGGGGGGUCACAGCCUGAGACGCACUUCUCCCUGUUGGAAGAGUCUGAGCAACCUGCGAAGAGGUUCAUCAUCAUCAUCGUCUUCAUCUUUGUGUCCACCACAAACAGCCGGUCAACAGGAUAAAAUAAAACAAAAGAUGUCCGGCCUGCAGAAAGCCCCCCUCGCGGCGGCUCUCUGCCUGCUGCUCCUCGUCACGCUGUUGCCCGGUGCCGGGGCCCUCCGUGGCCGCGGAGGCUUCGGAGGCUUCGGCCGGGGCGGAGGCUUCGGCCGCGGCGGAAGCUUCGGCCGCGGAGGAGGCUACCGGCCGGUGCAGAGCGGCGGCGCCAGCGCGGGGAAAGUCGCCGGAGCAGCUGCAGCCGGCGCCAUCGGAGGAGCAGUGAUCGGGUCCGCCCUGAGCCGGCCCGGGUACGGGGGAGGAUACGGAGGGGGGUACGGAGGAGGAUACGGAGGGUACGGAAGAGGAGGAUACGGAGGUGGUUAUGGCUACGGGCGCCCCAGGUCCGGCUACGACCCGGAGGGCUCUGGAGACAUGGAGUACUACACCGGAGCGUCCAGCGGCCCCGUCGACAACAGCAUCAUCGUGGUCAUCGGCUCGCUGCUGGCCCUGCUCAUGGGCCGCUGGGUAGCCGCCGUGUAGAGCCGGAGCAUCCCGAAGAAACGCAACGACCUUCUACCUGACCGAAAAUAGUCCAGUGUGACCUCAAAUAUGACAUUUUGAAUGAAGCUGCGGCCAAUUAGUUUCCCUUUUUUCUCUUCAGUGACCAUCUGUGAGGACAGGGGAAGGGAUUUGACCCACGUGACCUCCACAGACGUCAGAGACACCAGACUUUAGUCCGCAGCAUUUCUGGUGAAUAUCCACCUCCUAGAAAUAUGUCCGUUUCCUCUUUUAAAGUGGCUCGUCUGUUUUUAUAGAUAUAUCUAUAGAUGGAUAUGUAUAUACAUAUAUAUAUAUUAUACAUAUUAUAUAUGUAUAUAUGAUAUAUAUAAUAUAUGUAUAUACAUGUAUUAUAUAUAUGAUAUAUAUAAUAUAUGUAUAUACAUGUAUUAUAUAUAUGUAGAUAUAUAAUAUGUAUGAUAAAUAUGUAUAAAUAUAUUAUAUAUAUUAUAUAUGGGUAGAUAUAUAUAUAUAUUAUAUAUGUAUAUAUAUUAUAUAUAGAGAGAUAUAUAUUAUAUAUGUAGAUUAUAUAUAUAUAUGUAUAUAUACAUGUAUAUAUAUUUUAUAUAUUGUAUAUAUGUGUCUGUAAAUGUUUGAUUGUUUUUUGGAUCCAUGUGUUUCCCCGUGAGGAUAUACCAGAUUGAUGUGAUUCGGUUCAUUCUCCAGAAGUGAUGUCAAGACGAGAGUUAAAGCAGCUAUGCCAUUUCUCAAUAUAUUUUAUUAUACGUUCAUAUUUUAGUUUUAUAACUGCAUGUUAUUAGUGUAUUCAAAUGUCACUUUUAUUCCAGUACUUUGCUUGUUUGUGUAUACUUUACCUAAUUAAAGUACAUGUUUUAUGCCA